AUGGCAGAUCUUUUGAUAGGUCCUAUUCGUGAGGGAAACCGUGGAGGUCAUGGCCUUUUCCGCUGGGAAAAUGUUAAAGAAGAUAAAUACCGUGAAAACUAUUUGGGUCAUUCACUUCGUGCACCAGUUGGACGUUGGCAGAAGGGUCGGGAUCUUACUUGGUAUACAAAAAAUAAAAAAGAAGCUCCUACACCUUCUUUAUCUGCCAGAGAUGAAGAAAUAAGGCUAAUAAAACAAGCGGAAAAAGAUGCACUUGCAGAAGCAUUAGGGUUUAAGGUUGAGAAAAAUACUGAAUCAAAUGAAAUAUCACAAGAUAUUGCGAAUGCAAUACAGCGUACAGAGAGAGAAUAUGAAGAUAGUGUGGUAGACGCUGCUAUUAAGGCGGCAGAUACCGUCCAAGGGAUUGGGUUUCAAACGUAUAUAUAGAGAAGUUUUAUAUUUCACGUGACAGUCACGUGACUGAUAGAAUAG